GAAACGAUCCCAUGGACUUCCGUGAGUCGACGCGGCUCCUUCAGUGCCCUCCUGCCACGGAACCGUUCGCGGUUCAAGAGGAUGGGUCGAUUCCAGACAGUGUCAAGGAAGAUACAAUCCGUCGCGCGAAGGUGACGGUGGCGGUGCUCGUUCUCGUCAACAUUACAACAUGGGCCGGAACGAUCUUGAUCAGUACAACGUACCCCGUGAUCUUGUCGUCUGCCGUGGUUGCGUACGCGUUGGGUCUCCGCCACGCAGUUGAUGCCGAUCACAUUGCAGCGAUCGACAACGUGACGCGCAGUCUCCUUCAGCGAGAUAGGCAAUCGGUGACCGUCGGUCUGUUCUUUUCGUUGGGCCACUCGAGCGUCGUCAUCUUGAUGUCGAUCGUUGUCGUGUGCAGCGCGUCCACGAUCAACAUGGACACAAGUAAAUCCAUCGGUGCUAUUGUCGGCGCGGCAGUGUCAGCAACGUUUCUUACGUUGAUUGGACUCGUCAACGGAUUCGCCUUCAUCCGCAUCUCGCAGCAAUGGAAUGCAGCGAGACAUCAUGCGACCCCCUCGAACGAGGAAAUCGCCGACGGCGACAACGUUCUGGCGCCGACAGGACUCGAUGGCGGUAUUCUGCAUGCAUGCUGCCCGUCGCUGGUUGGUGUGAUAGACCAACCAUGGAAGAUGUAUCCUCUGGGCUUUCUCUUUGGCUUGGGAUUCGACACAGCGUCCGAAGUGGCGCUUUUGGCAAUUUCGGCGCUCGCGACUCAAUCUGGUGUGCCGUCGUGGGUCGUGCUGGUGCUUCCUGGACUGUUUACUUGCGGCAUGAGCUUGAUUGACACAUUAGACGGGGUCUUCAUGCUGUGGGCGUAUGGAUGGGCGUACAUUCACCCGGCGAAAAAGCUCUUCUACAACAUGUUCCUCACUGGACUGUCAUCAUUCGUGGCACUGUCCAUCGGAGCGGUCGAAGCGUGCGGCAUCUUGGUCGCGCAAGGUCUCGUCACGGGGUGGGCCGCCGAAGUCAUCCGCAGCAUCAAUGACAACUUUGAGCUGCUCGGAUGCAUCGUCUUCGGACUCUUCGCCGCGUCGUUUGGCAUCUCUGUCGUCGUCUACAGGGCCAUGUUUGCCACCGUUCGCACGCAGACGGUUUCAUAGGGAUUUCCAUGGAAGUUUUGAAAAUGAAAUUGAACUUUUUCGGAA